GUGCAACUGAAAUCCAACAGGACUGUUACAGGUUGCAGCAGUAAACAUGGCAGAAAGUUCCAAAGUAUUUAAGAAGUCCAGUGGUGAUGGGAAGCUGGCCAUCUAUCUUGCCAAGCGAGACUAUGUGGACCACGUGGACCAUGUUGAACCUGUAGAUGGAAUGAUCAUAAUUGACCCUGAAUAUCAAAAGGACAAGAAAGUCUUUGUGACCCUCGCUUGUACUUUUCGUUAUGGACGAGAUGACCAUGAGCUCAUUGGCUUGAGCUUUAAGAAGGAACUGUGCUUUCUGCAUUGUCAGGUGUACCCCCCACUGCCUGAAGAUAAGAAGCCCCUCACACCACUACAGGAAAAGUUAUCUAAAAAGCUGGGAGUGAAUGCAUUUCCCUUCUGUUUUAAUAUGACCACGGAUUUGCCAUGCUCGGUGACACUUCAGCCAGGACCAGAGGAUACUGGGAAGAAAUGUGGAGUUGAUUUUGAGGUGAAAGGUUUCUGGGCAGAUAAUGUGGAAGAGAAAAUAUCCAGAAAGAACAGCGUUCAGCUCAUAAUCAGGAAAGUGCAGUUUGCUCCAGAAGCCACAGGAACUGCCUCAUGUGUCCAAACAACACGCCAAUUCAUGAUGUCAGACAAACCACUACAGGUGGAGGUCUCACUGGACAAAGAGAUUUAUUAUCAUGGGGAGCCAGUUGGCAUCAAAUUAAAAAUAAACAACAACACCAGCAAGAUUGUGAAAAAGAUCAAAAUAACAGUGGAGCAGUUGACCGAUGUGGUUCUUUAUUCACUGGACAAGUACACCAAAAUUGUCUGCUGUGAGGAGAUAAAUGAGACGGUCGCAGCAAAUGCCAAUUUCUCAGGGUCAUAUUCGCUGACACCGCUUCUGGCCAACAACAAGGAGAAACGUGGUCUGGCCCUAGAUGGCAAACUGAAACACGGCGAUACCAACCUUGCAUCAUCUACAAUCCUACGACCAGGGAUGGAUAAAGAGGUGCUAGGAAUGUUGGUGUCUUAUAAAGUUCGAGUCAGUCUGGUGGUGGCCAGAGGAGGAAUUUUGGGAGACCUGACAUCAAGUGAUGUGUCGGUGGAGCUGCCAUUUACCUUGAUGCAUCCCAAACCAUCACCGGACCAGACAAACAUCGAGGAUGUGGUGAUAGAGGAAUUCGCCAGGCAAAAGCUACAGGGAGCAGAGGGUGAAGAUGACAAGGAUGAUGCAUGAAGCAAAAGUAGCAGCUGAAACGCCGGCAAUGCAGAUUUGGAUAUGGGUUGUACCAUAUUGCACUGUACUUUAACACUAGUUUUUUCCUGACAUAUAACCUUGUGAGUGUGUGAAUUGGUUACUGGUCCAUCCAUAUGCAUACUUGUUUACUUGUGGUAUGAGAUGUGUUCUGUAGGUCUAAUAAACAUUGCCAGACUAAUACUUAAAAAUAAACAGUAAAUAAAAAAUCUUGCUAUGUC